ACACUGGUGAAUGAAACAAUACAAGUCAAGGAUAUCUCGCGUGAACAAAAUAAAUUGCACUGAGCCGUCUUUACAUGUUGAAUCAAGGAUAUGCUCUAAUACCCUGCUCGAUUUAUAAUACCUCACUCUCGUGAUCUGAUUAUUAUUCAUAAUGGAUUUAAACAACAAAGUAGGUGUAAUAACGGGUGCAGCCCAGGGGCUCGGAAAGGCAUUUGCUGAAGCCUUAUUGUCCAAGGGAGCGAAGGUGUCCAUUUCGGACGUGAAUGUAGAGGUGGGGAGAAAAACAGCUUCUGAAUUUGAAAAGAAAUAUGGAAAAGAAAAAGUGUUAUUUAUGAAAUGUGAUGUUACGUCUUCAGAAGAGUUUGAAGAUGUUUUUAAGAAGACGAAGACGAAGUAUGGUAAUAUAGAUAUAGUCAUCAAUAAUGCUGGAAUAGUGAAUGAAAAACAUUGGAAGAAAGCUAUCCAGAUUAAUUUGAUGGGAAGUAUCGAAGGAACGUUAUUGGCCAUACAGUACAUGAGUCGGUCUACUGGGGGACAGGGUGGUGUGAUUAUCAACAUAGCCUCAGCUGCUGGGUUACAGCCAGUUUUUACCAUGCCGACUUACAGUGCUAGUAAACAUGGUACAGUAGGCUAUACAACCAGCUGGGCGCAAAAUCCAGAAAAUACAACUAAUGGUUUAAGAUUUAACUGUAUAUGUCCAACAUUUGUUGAUACUAAUAUUAUUAAGAUAACUGAUGAUAACACUCUGUCUAAACAGGCUUCAGAACAACUCUUACAACAUUACGGUGUUAUGGGAGUAGAGAAGGUAGUAGAAGGGGUGAUGGAGGUGAUUACAGACAAAUCUAAAAAUGGUGCCGUUUUGAAAAUAACGUCUCAAAACGGGUUAGAAUAUCUUAACCAAUAGAUCGUAAUGACAAUUAUAAUUCUUAAUCAAACUAACAACAACAUUCACCGGGUUCACUCAAAGAUUAUACUUGUUGAGUUUGGGUAAUCUUUAUGGAACAUUUUAUCUUAAAGAGAGAGAUGCGCCAUUUUGUGGGGUUUAUUUGAGUCUUGAGUAUAUGUUAAUUGUCUUCAGAAUGUUUAUCUUUAAUCUAUUGUUAUUGUUGUUUAUUUAUCACUAAUCUUAGAGAGUUAUAGAACUCAGCUUUUGACUAUAUUUAUACGUCUUGUUCAUUAUUCAGCGAACGUUAACUUGUCAUCUACCUACCAUUAUUAGUUUGUGCUUGAUAAAGAUUCCUGUAUGUGAAUUGAAACUUUGCAAAAAUUAAAGAAAGGAUUAGUAUAUCUAUAAUAGUGUUAUUAUUUAUUAUUUAUUCAAUAGUCUUCAGUAAUACUAGAAAUGUACGAAAAUCGCAUAAUUCCUUUAAAAACACCUCAAAAAAAAAA